ACUCGUCAGUCGCCGCGCUACCUGCCGCGGUCGCGUUUCUCGAGAUCGAUACCACCGCCUCGAAACCCCAUAAUUCUAUCAUAAUCGGCACGCGGGGAUGGUGUGAUCGGGAUGACGUCACUGAAGCACGGCGUGAACUUGAGCCGGCGGGCGUGCAGGCUGCUACUGCUGUUGCUGGUCACCGCCGCUGCUAAUCCCAUCGAAACUACUACGAAAACAAGUCCGUCCAUAACAGUCGAUGGGAUCUCCACUUACCCUGGCCUGGAGUUUGGCCCCAUGGGUCCGGUGGUCCGGAUGCCUGGCGAGGCCCCAGGGACGCAGCUUCGGCAGCAGCAAGAGACCACCACCAAUGUCCCAUCCACCAUCACACCUAAGAAGGAGAGGAGACUCGUCAUAGCGGAAUUUGAAUUCCAUCGAGUCGAGACGCCUUUCCUCAUUGGUGUAUGGAUAUUUUUUGCUAGUCUCGCCAAAAUAGGUUUUCAUAUGGUACCGAAGUUUUCAAAAAUGUUUCCAGAAUCGUGUCUACUAAUAUUUGUUGGUGUAUUGAUUGGUGCUCUACUACUUGGCACACACAGUGUCCAUGUGCAGCCUUUGACACCGGACACCUUCUUUCUGUACAUGCUGCCUCCAAUCAUUUUGGACGCCGGAUAUUUCAUGCCCAACCGUUUGUUUUUUGACCACUUAGGAACUAUAUUACUGUUUGCUGUUGUUGGAACUGUUUUUAAUACUCUUACUAUAGGGGCGUCAUUAUGGGCUUGCGGGCAAACGGGCAUGUUUGGUUGUUCCACCCCCUUGCUGGACAUGCUGUUAUUCGGUGCCCUGAUCUCGGCUGUGGAUCCCGUAGCUGUGUUGGCAGUAUUUGAGGAGAUACACGUGGACGAAGUGUUGUAUAUAGUUGUUUUCGGCGAGUCAUUGCUCAACGAUGCUGUUACAGUUGUAUUAUAUCACAUGUUCGAAGCGUAUACGGAAAUGGGACCGUCAAAACUAAUGUAUACCGACUUCCUAGCUGGUUUUGCGUCGUUCCUAGUGGUGGCAGUAGGUGGUACCUGUAUCGGGGUUGUCUGGGGCUUUGGCACCGGUCUCGUCACCAAGUACACCAACGAAGUGAGGGUCAUCGAACCCAUAUUCAUCUUCGUGAUGGCGUACUUAGCUUAUUUGAACGCUGAGAUGUUUCAUAUGAGUGGGAUUCUUGCAAUCACCUUCUGUGGGAUAACAAUGAAGAACUACGUGGAAGCUAACAUAUCGCACAAGUCCCACACCACCAUCAAGUAUACCAUGAAGAUGCUGUCGUCUUCCUCGGAGACGAUCAUCUUCAUGUUCCUCGGAGUAGCGACCGUCAACAACAACCAUGACUGGAACACAUGGUUCGUUCUGUUGACCAUCGUGUUUUGUUCCGUUUUCCGUAUUAUGGGAGUGUACAUUUUUAGCGCAGUAGCAAAUAAGUUUAGAUUGCACAAAUUAAAUACAGUUGAAAAGUUUGUUAUGUCGUAUGGAGGCCUUCGAGGUGCAGUGGCGUUCGCCUUGGUGCUAUUGAUAGAUCCAGAAGUCGUCAAACUCCAGCCGAUGUUUGUUACUACUACUAUAGCUGUCAUAUACUUCACCGUUUUCAUCCAGGGGAUCACUAUUAAGCCGCUGGUAAAGAUAUUGAACGUCAAGACUGUUGAGAAGAGAAAGCCGACUAUGAACGAGAGGAUUCAUGAGAGGUUUAUGGACCAUUUGAUGGCUGGCGUGGAGGAUAUUUUGGGGAAACACGGAAACCACCACAUGAGGGACAAGUUCAAGAGAUUCGACAAUAGAUUCAUAAGACCCUUAUUGCUAAGGGACUAUCAGGGGGCUGAGCCGAAGAUUUUGGAGACAUAUUCGAAGCUGGCGAUGAGAGAUGCGAUUGAAUACAUGCAAAGGAACGCCUCGACUAUAGGAAAUAUAUCGGGAGCGGAGUCCAUGUCUGCCAUAUUCAAGAAUUACACUAACACUAAUUUUAAUGGAAGUCCAAGCUUUAGUCAGCUGGAUUCCUCGACUUGGAAUAUAGACAUGCAGGAGCUGGAGUACAAUCCUUGUAAGAAGGACCUUACCGACGCCAGGAUCCACCACUUACUGGCCGAGGAGCUCUGCAAACCGUACAGACGGGUAUGUGAUCAUCGACGGCUGAGUUACAGUCGCCACGCGGUGAAUGACCGAGAUCUGGGGAUACAAGUCAAUUAUAAAACACACAUGAACAUACGCCGCCUGGUUGGGGACAGGAAACACCACCAUAAGCGAAGUAAACGAGGAAAGCAGGAUGGCAAAAACCAUGUCACUUUCCCAGAAUUCCAGCAAAACGGUUCGGCAAAACAGUUCACGCACGACUACAUAGAUGAGGUACUGCAAGAGGACGAGGAGCCCCCGCGGCGUGAAGGUGAAGAUGGCGGUAUAACAUUCACUGCAAAAUCCCCGCCCGGAUAUAAAGAAGUCAGUCCCACGUCCUCGCACAAAGAGAACAGUAGUUCGCUCCUUAAUCAAUUGGCAAACCUGCCUGGGUUCAAUCCGUUGAAAGCGAGGAUCGUGAAGCAGUAUGCUAAAACACCAGAGGAAAUACUGCCGACAGCUGUUGAGAAGUCAUUACCGUGGCGAAGAGACAGAUCCACCUAUAACUUUGUUCCCAAUGAAGAUAUUCUUGAAGAGGACGAGAGAAGACUGUCAGAUGACAAUGAUACAUACAUGACUGUGAUAGAGCAGGCGCGGGUGGCCACCCCAACGGCCACGGAAACGAUGUUGCCAUGGAAACGCGAGGAGGGCGAGGGCUCCGGCGCCCUCAAGCAGUCCGAGUUCCCCUCGUGGGCCUCCAACAAGGAGUACCUGGCGUACAGCUCACCUUCUGCUACCUUUUUAGGUGGUAUAGAGAAGCCAAAACAUCCUAAGUCUAUCAUAGGUCUGUUCCGAAGAGAGAGCUCGAGUUCCACGCAGGCUCCGGAUUUGCCGGUCUUAUCGGAUUCUGAAGGCAAAGCGGAUUCCUACAAGGGGGAUAGUUCGUCCGCGAAGGGAGAAUGCUCGAACCAAUCGAAGCAGACGCCAACUCUUCUGUCUAAAAGAAGUACCAGCCUCGGUGGACCUUCAGUGCUGUUGAUGGAGGAUGUGGCCCAUUCGGAUCCCCUCGGAGCGUCGUCGCGGCCGGCCAGCAUCAUGCAGGGACCGCAUCGGGGGCAGUGCCGCCGAGGAUCCAUGUUGGAGCUAACUGGAUCCUUAUCUCGCGACGCUAUCACCGAAGAGAAGUGUAGCAAGUCGCUUCCCGAGAGCGAGCGUAUGGGGAUCCGUCGCCUGACGCUCGGCCAGCAGAGCCUACCCCGGGAAUCCUUCAAUCGUCAGCUCAACAUCGCCCCCAACCUGCUGACCAGCUCAUCAUCAGACGACUCCUCCGACGAGAACACCUGAGUACCAAGACGUGGUAACCACGACAGGUUGCCACUACUCAAGUACAGGACUUUAGAAUAAUGACUCCUCUUUGGAAGUUCUGAUCUCAAUUCGGCAGUUUUUAAGGACGUGCGUGUGAGUACAGUAGUCGCGAAUGUUGGCGCUAUAAAAAGCAAAUUAGCUAUAGGAAAUAAUAAAUUGUUGUGAGACUGAAUAUGGUGUUUACUCAAAAUGUUACGGUAGCUUGACCGAAUUACAAAAUUACCAUCA